GUCGUAUCCACUUCCUCAAAAUAAUGCCCCCUUCGCCAGUCUAUGUACCGUACCUUCUACAUCCUUGCCUCCCAUGCACCGCUGCGCCAAAAGAGUAGCCCUGAUCGUGGCUGAGCAGAGCAUGUCGGGGAGGACGACCUCGACACAAGGGGCCUGGUUGGACAUGCUCAUGCGCCUCGUCUUACACAGCCUGCUAGACUCCAUGGAGCUGACGGCCCUUGGAGGCGACCAGGGUAGGCGAUAAUGGGGCCGAUUCAAAGGCUAGGUAUUGUCGUUUCACGAGCCCUGAUUGCUUCACCUUUUGAUCAGGCCCCUACUAACCUUGGACGCCUGCUUUGGCUGGUUCUUCCAAUCCUUGACCACUGCAGUCCGACUGAUCCUGGUUGCGGCUGAUGAGACGACUAAAGUUACCUCAGAAUAUUAGUGUCUAACCUGCUGCCAGAUGGCUUUCACCGUCACUGGGCCUCGAUCAGGUGUGACAUGACCUUGGAACGAUCUGUUUCCACGUAGAAUGAAGAACAUGGAGCAACCUGUCUGAUGAAAGCAGCCAGUAUGUCGCCAGACGCCUCACUCCUCGGACGACCAUGGACAAUCAGCAACGAGCAGUCUAUCUUGACGUGCCCGUGACUGAUGCGGAACGGGCUCGUGCCAGACGGCGACGUUAUGAGCAUGAAGAUUCUGCCGCGCUACUACCCGACCAGAGGAAUUUCCCUUCGGUGGAUGAGGAAACACGGUCAACCUUUCGAGAUCAAUCAACACCUGUUCGAUUCCCCUCGAUACACGCCUCUCCAGCAAUCCGCCGUCUACCAGACCGAGUCGCGCAACGAUUUGAAAACCGCCAAUAUGUCCCGAUAUCUCCCAUUCACGAAGAAGACGAGCCCAACUCUAUCAACCUCCGCGAACCCUCAGUUCCCCCGGCAGACUCUAACAGACAUCUGCUCUACGAUCCAGGACCAAUUGCCCGCCUGUGGACCCCUAUUUGGCUGAAACAAUGGCCACUGGCUCUCUUCGCGCUUGUAUUUGCUGUUUUCAUUGCAGGCCUCAUCCUUCUCUGGCACUACGACCGGCGCAACAAUGGUUUCCAUGUUGCCCGAGGAACCAGUCAUCUGGCCUGGGCUUAUGCCCCUACUGUCAUUGUCGUCUUCGUCGUGGCUGCGUGGAGGAUGGUAGACUACCAUUGCAAGCUGGGUAUGCCAUUUGAUGUCCUUCAAAAUGGGCCUGUUAAAGCCUCAGAGAGUCUCCUUGUCGACUAUAUCUCUGCCUUCCAGCUUGUUUCUUUAUUCAAGGCGUUUCGAGACAGCCACUUCGCCGUCAUCUGCAGCGUGACUGGAUUUAUCAUGUUAAAAGUCGCCACCGUCUUUUCGACCUGUUUGCUGGUUCUCCUUCCAACUCACAUUACACACCCUGGCACAACCGUUCUUUCCAACGGGUUCAGCGACGAAGCUUUUGAUCCAACGACCCCUUUUAAUUCUUCAAACUUUUCGUCUUCUCCAGUUUAUGCAUAUUAUGGAGCCAAGGCUUAUGGAAUGCCUUUUGAAAAUGGGGUUACCCUCGACCUUGCCUAUGGAGCGAUCACGGUCAACUCAACAUCUCAUGUUCCAGAUGAUGCUGUCAUACCGGGAGAUGUAGACACUUUUGUGCCUAUCAUGUCAUGCCACGAGCUGAUCGUGGAGCUUGAUACUCCAGAUAUUGAGAAUGGUACGGACGCCAACAGUGGCUUGACGACAUCAAGCAACAUAUCUCUUACCAUCCCAGCUGGUGGAGCUUGCAGCCAGUCCAUCACAUUCAGUAUAGCAGCUGGGGAUCCAUACACCGAGAUACUUCCCGACAGCCAAGUCAAUGGCACAUUGCAGGAGAUAUACUGUAAUUCUACCAGUGAUAGCAAUUCCCAAGGACCUGCAGGGCUGCUGUUCACCAUGACGGACAUUCACUAUCAGCAGACGCUGUUCGAUAAUGCCACUGACUUAGCAGGAGGUACUUUUGUCAUUGCAACCAACGUUUCCAGGACGCUAUCGAAUAUGGUGAACGUCUUCUGCAAAUCCUCGUACAACAUCACAAAAGCUAAGGUCACCAAUGACACGCGGUUGGCGGACAAUACCAUUGCUGUGUCAGUUGUUCUAAAGAAAGAUGCCGUUAACAGUACAUUGCCACGCUUCUCUGCUUGGAAUGCUACCAACGUCCUUUUGCAGUCAUCCGCAUCUGCCAAAUUGCUCUUUACUGAUACGGUCCAUGGUGAUGGUACAUCUGACUCCAAUGCGUUUUUCACCUUGAUGGCCGUUACGCACGGCUUACAAGACAUUACUUCGUUCUUCGAUGUGAACAAGUUGAUUUCGGCCGCCGAAGGUACCUACAAGGGGAUCUUAUCGCAAUAUGCUCACCAGACAUUGCGGACCCGCAACAACAGUGUUGUAAAAGGGGGCGCUGUGGUUACCGAAGAAAGCAGAUUGCGUGUCAACGAUGCCUCACUGUGGACAACGACUUCGAUCUUUGGUCUGCUAAUCCUGUUCUGCAUAGCACUAAUCUUCAUUGCGCCGAGAGCUGUGGUUCCUAGAGACCCGAGCUCAAUCGCCACAAUCGCGAUGAUCCUCACGAGAAGCAGGGAGCUCAACAGGCUGCUCCGACGGCAAGGUACACCCAGCUAUAGCAACCAAAAGGCGGCACUGGCUGGCUACGAAUUUGGAACGGCUAUUGCAACUACGGAGUUUGGGAAGAGCACGUUCAAGAUUGUCACCUCCGAGGGAGAGCCAGACGGGCAGCCAAUAAAGCCCAACAUGGAUUUCAAAUGGUGGCUCCCUUUUACAGCCAGUAUCCCUGUCGUUGUCCUUACGUUGAUCCUUCCCGUUACUACCAUCGUGGCCUUGCAAAUUGUUCAGACGUCAUCCGAUAGACACAAUGGCAUUUACACCGUCACCAACAACGAAUGGACCGAGGCCUACAGUCACUACAUACCCAGCAUUGUGAUGUUGGUCCUUGCAAGUUUGGUCAACAUGCUUGAUUUCAACGUGGCUCUGUUCGCACCAUGGACCAACCUCGCCAAGGGAAACGCAACCAGCAAAAGAUCGAUACUUAACCACAUCUUAGGACGGUCGCCGCCGUUUGCAUUCCUCCAGGCCCUCAGGACACGGUAUCUAGGUGGCAUUACGAGCAUUGCAGCCGCUUCGUUAGCAAGUAUGCUCACCGUGGUUGUCGCGGGACUGUAUUAUGUACAAGAUUUUACCGUUACCGGUCCAGAUGUGUCACUCACACAGCUCGACACGUUCGACCUCAGAUGGGCCAACAGCUUUACCACUGAUAAUGGUGCUGCGGCAUUGGUCGAUCUCAUCAUGCACGAGAACUUCAGUUAUCCUCAGUUCACAUACGAAGAGCUCGUGUUUCCGAGGCUGUCGCUGGACAACUCGGCUCUCCCGACUGACCCACUCGCAAAGGUCAACGGUUCCUGGACCCAGAUCCUGCCUGCCGUCCGAGCCAACUUGAGAUGUGAAGUCCUGCCCGAGUCUUCUUUUAAUGUGACCACCCGGAGAACUGGACCUGAUUUUGCCUAUGAGACCGAUCGGGCUUUUGUCACCGCCCAAGCACCUCUUCCCGACUCAUGCCAUCUCGGUGGGUACCAGGGAAACGGCUCGUUUGUCAUUUACGAGAACAGUUUCCAGCUCCUGCCGGAUAGCCAGCCGACCUAUGCUGGAGCACAGCUAGAUCUACUCUUUGGAGUAGGCACGACGCUGUAUGGGAACUAUGGCGAAGUCAGAGGCAAAUAUAUCGACGACAACCCUCCGGUAGGAUGUCCCAGCUUGGCUUUCACAUUUGGUCGGUUUCAACUGGACAGUUCGGACCGUGGGCCAGUUACCACCAUGGUCUGCUACCAGGAGAUCCAGGGCUUUAAUGCGACUGUUACCUGGAAGCCGAACAGCACCGUCAUCGACACAGACCGACCGCCUGUCGUACAAAAUGAGAGUGUCUUCCUCCACGAUAACCCAAUCAGCACCAACGGAGCCAAAUCAUUCGACUUUCGCAUUCAGAACAGCCUCGCUCAAGAAUUGACUGUGUUCAAUGACGACAACAACGAGGGUAGCACCAGGCCCACAACAGCAUCCUACCCGUCGCUCUCAGAUCCAGUCGAUAUCUACUUCCAAGCCAUUCUUAACGGCACAGACAGACAUGAUCCAGCUAGCCUUGUUGGCAAGGACAACCGGACCGCUCUACUUGAUGCCAUCAAUCGGUUUUAUCGUAUCUAUAUGGCCCAGGUGAUCUCGAUCAACAUGCGUACGCCGUUGAACAAAAGCAGCGCCUCAUCUCGGCAGUUUCAGCGUCGGCAGGACACCGGGACCAUGACGAGCAGCAGUAUAUCUACCACUAUCACCAGGUCGCGGCUUGUGCAGGACAGGGCCAGUAAACUAGCCCUACAGACCCUUCUCGGUGCCACGGCCGUGCUGUCGUGCGCGGCGUGGCUCACCACGAAAAUGCGCCACGUUCUACCCUGCAACCCGUGUUCCUUGGCCGGAAGCAUGUCUUUACUCGCCGGCAGUGACCUAUGCUACAGCGACGAUGACGGGCUAUGCGAGUGCUGCGGCAAACCACGUCGGCGGUCAUUUGGGUAUGAUGACGACAACAACAACAGAAACAGCCAAAGCUUCGGCGGAGGUGGUGUUGUUACCGAAAGAAUCCACGCCGCACCGCAUGAGACUGGUGGUCCCGUCACUAUCAGCGUUUACGACCCUAGCAACAGCAACACCAGGAACGCAGCUUACAUCGACGAAGAAGCAGAGGGAGACGGUGGCCGCCGUCGCACACAGCUCAUCCCCGACGGCGCCGAAUGGAUGCCACCCAAACAAUUCGCAGCCAUUUUCGGCGCAGGCGCACGAUACAGCAUGGGAUGGUGGCGGGAGCAGAAAUGGCGAGGCAGACGACGUCGAUUCGGAGUCGAUAUUGGCCCUCGGGCCGAUGGCGCCGACGACCAGGAUUGGGAACUCGGCGAGCUGCGGCGUCGUAGGCCCCGGAGCGGUAGUAGUCGUGCUGCUGGUCAGGCUGGCGAUGGUGAUGAUGAUACCGGGUUCGGCGAUUUCAUGGUCCUAAACAACAAUACCUCACGGCGCCGCGGUGAUCGCGAUGGCCGCGGAGAGUAUUCUCGCUUCAGUCGGUUGAGAGAUAGGAGCUGGGGCCGAAGUGCAAGUCCAAGUAGGAGCAGGAGUAGGAGCAGAAGCAGGAGUGGGAGUGUGACUAGGGAUACCGAUAUGGAGAUGGCGGACAGGAGCGUGGUUCCUUCUCAGAUGAGAGGGAGAGAUGCCAGUGCCAGUGCCAGCGCAGACAGACACGGAGACGGAACCGAGGUCCCAGGUCAGUUCAGGUCGACAUUUUCGGCGAGACGGCAGAACGCAAACUCCAUCAUGGGAGGUGAGGCGUAAAGCCAUCGCGAUAGUCGUUGUACUGUUCCAUAGGUAGUCAAGUCGCGGUGAAUCACGGAAGUUACUUGCCUCUCCCUUGUUAUGCACAGUAGUAGUAGCAAGCAGUAGGUAUACAACCUUGUAGACAGCAAGACGUUU